AUGGACAGCGACGCUUGGCUAGUACAUGAUCUCGACGAUACACCGAUUGACCCAACGUUACAAAGUGUCACAGUUCAGUACCUGGACCCCUUCGACUUUGCACUCGCUGGGGAAGCCACACUCGAAGACGAUUCGAUGAAUCUACCGACCGAACACUUCCUCCUUCCGACGAUGGAUCUUUCCACGGGCCAGUCCAUUCCAACACUCACGGAAGACGAACGACCUACAAUCGAUUCUACCGAGCCACUCCACGGACGCGGUUGCUUUUCACCCAUGCGCCAAGAGACAAUGCAAGAGUUGUCAGACCUGAAUAUGCAGCUGUCCCGACAAUUGGGGGCCGCAACCUCUACAGGGGCCGGGUCAACGAACAUCCACUCGGGUUUGGGUCUGACAGCUUUGGCUACACCACCAGAGGAGAACCGUACUCUCUGCGAUACUGUCAUCUCUAUGACGCAAAGCCUUCAAACCUACCACAGGCUGCUCGUCGACAUCGUCGGACCCAAUCACUCGGCUAUCUACGACUCACACGACAAUCGCAAGUCUAGCACUGUAGCCACGCUACUCGCCACACGCCGCCAGAUCAAUCUCUUUACGAUCUCGUUUCUCAACAUAGUUGACGUCUCCUUGCCUCCCGAUCCGGACCUGCAGAUCAUUGUUCUUAUUCAAGCUGUAAUUAGAAUGGUAGAUAGAAUUGGCCGUUUACUGGGCUACCCGAAUGAUCGCGAGGCCGGCUCAGAUGGCGAUGGAUGCGAGAGCGAUACUCGCGACAGUGUUAUCCCCCGGCACCUCCUCGAGCUGAUGCUGAAAAGUGAAGGAUGCGGAAAUGGCUCGGCAGAUAGAGCAGGGACCAAGGCGCUGAAGGAGGAGAUUCGCAGACUACAUGAGCUUGUGUACAAGCCAGUGUAA